CUUUCUUCUCACCGCACCACCACAUUCUCACCACUCCAAAAUGUCCUACACGAUCGCCGGCCGUGCUAUCAAGAACGAGUACCUCGCCCUCGGUACCAUUAUCUCCACCAUUGGCAUCGCUGUUGCCGCUACUGGUGGCUCAGAUAAGGCCGCUGCCUCUUCUGCUCCUGUUUCCGUAUCUGACGACAAAACCAUCACCGGCGAGACUCCCGAGGAGGAGGAUUUCAUCCGUCAAUUCGUCGCCGAGGCCGAAAAAUCCGAAAAGCACUAGAUGGAUAAGGUUGGGAGCCCAUAUUGACAUCGUCGUUUGGGCGAAAUUGAGGGGUGAAAAGUAAAAUGCAUAUAUGCAUAACUGAAGAAAGAC